UUUGAAUCAGACAGAAACAGUUACGCGUACGAAGACUACAGUGAAAUAUUCCUUUCUAAAAUACAAAUAAACAGCGAAGAGCCUUGUCUUGGGACGAGGAUGAGGAAGAGUGAGUUGAUAGCUGCAGAAUCGGUGGCAUGUCUGAAUAAAGCUCUCUGCCACCUAAAGGACAUCUGGGAGGAAAUUGGCAUCCCUGAGGAUCAGCGAUUAGAAAGGACAAAUGUGGUUAAGAAUCAUGUCAAAAGUCUUCUGGACAUGAUGAUUCUUGAGAAGAAGCUGAAGGCUGAGAUUGAACAGUGGGAACAUGAACAGAACAGAGAGUUUCAGGUGAAUGGUCAGAAGUUCAUGCAGUUUGUUACUGAUCAAUGGGAGACGUACCGGCUGGAGAAAGAGCGGGAAAAACAGGAGCGGCAACUAAAGAAGAGCAAGCAGACAGAGGAGGACAUGGUCUAUGGCACUGUGAUCCGGACACCGACUAAACGAAGAUUUCUGGGCAGCACAACACCUUGUAAAGCUCGAAAGCUAAACGCUACCUCCAGUACUGGCACUUCUAACAGCACUAUCCGAUCUGUCUUUGGUGGUACUGUCUGUCAUUCUCCUAUAUCGCGUCCUCCGAUUUCAGAAAGCAAGGGUAAUGUGAAGACUCCAGGCCAUAGCAAACCUCCUCAUCAAGGUUUGCUAGAAUGCAAUAAGGAGAAUAUCUCUCAUCUAACUGGUGGUGUGGCUGGGAUGACGAAGGUACCAGCUAGUCCACAGCGUAACUUCAGCAUUAACUCUGUCGCAAGCACCUAUUCAGAAUUUCAGCGAGACCUCUCCAAGUCAUCUAAAUCAAAACACGUACUUGAAAUCCUGAACUCAACCAUCAUUCAGCUUUAACUCUACUGCAUGCAACACUUUCUGCUAUUAGGACUGGGAUCUUUAGAUGAUGGCUUAUAGGUUCUUGUUCUUUAUAGCUUUAGCUAUGCAUUUUAUAUGU